AUGGAAGUUCGUGCCUCUGCAAAAAAGGAUGAAAAGGCAGACUGCCGAAACCCCAGGGAUGAGUCGUCGACAAGUGAUGGAUCCGAGCCACCAAUUCUCCUCGAAGCAGAUGGCGAGCUGGCCAUCGUGGAAUCACGAAAACGAUCUCGCCAACCAAGACGAUCUCAUGGACGAAGACGUGCCAAUAAACAAGCCGUAACAAUUGAUAAUGGAGAGGAACUUCUGCAAAAGCUAGCUUUGUCUGGGAAACGGGCAGCAUCCCCGUCAUCACCGUCAUCAUCGACACGAAAGAAAGUAAAAUUUGUACUAGAUGAUAGCGCCUGCAAGCAAAAAGUAUGCAUCAAGAGUUACAAGAUCCCCAGCGAGUUUGAAGAACUUACGAGGGAGCUAUUCCCAUUGGAUGGGAGGAUAUCCAAUCUCCCAACCGUAAACGUUCUGGCAGAACUUAAGGAAAAGUACUGCGAUGAACAACAUUCUUGGUCCAACGAAAUGCGAGAGGAAUUCAGGCGCCUUGCGCCUAGUAUGGACUUCUCGAUGAAUCUAAGCGCACUUGGCAUUUCGAAUCACAAGAUCUCUUUGGACGCGCACAGCAGCGGCGCCACUUGGAUCCAUUUCUGGUUUCUGCGCGUGAUUUAUGGCCCCUGUGCCUGUUCAAAGCAAAGCUGGUUUCCUGAUCUUGCUGAGAAAUACCCUUGGAUGCUUGAAACAGCUCCAGAAGAUGUCAUGACUCCGGAAGUUCAAUCGUUACCUAAUUUACCGACGUCGUAUUGGCACCUUGUUAACCCUAGGUCUGAAACGCCUCAGAUACCAAAAUCAGAGAGUAUCGAUACUUCCAACCGUUAUGUUAACAAAGAGACUGGAAAGACUGCUUCAAACGAAACCGCACCUGAUGAGAGUAUUCACUGUUGCAGUCCAGACCCUUCUUCUCCAAUUAUAGGGCGGUUUGACAUUUAG